UGGCAGGAAGUGUUGGUGUGGGUAAACAAUUGGUGUUGGCAGCUUGGGACCGCGGGACGUCUGCAGCUGUUGACAUGGCCAGCCCCAGGACCAGGCGUGUAUUGGCAGAAAUUAAGCCCAGAGAUGAGAACAGUCAAUGUUUUGAGUGUGGAGCACACAAUCCUCAGUGGGCUUCAGUAUCCUAUGGUAUUUGGAUAUGCCUCGAGUGUUCGGGAAAACAUCGUGGUCUGGGUGUACACUUGUCUUUUGUUCGUUCUGUCACGAUGGACAAGUGGAAGGACAAUGAACUGGAAAAGAUGAAGGUUGGUGGGAACAAAAGAGCCAGAGAGUUCUUAACAAGUCAGAAAGAUUAUGAGCAUCAUGCAGCCUUACAGCAAAAGUACAAUACAAGAGCUGCUGCCCUAUAUAGGGAUAAGAUUGCAGCAAUGUCACAGGGUAAAUCCUGGAGCAUAGAGACUUCAGCUGCACAGAAUUACCAGUCGACAUCAGUUCCGAAGACUUGCUCGGCACCGGCUUUCAAGUUAUCAGAGCAGAACUUGUUUUCUUCAAAUGGCAGUGGUUAUAAUGGCUUCAGUAGUAGUGGUGGUUAUCAGGAUUGCCAAGGAGGAUAUCAGGGCGGCUACCAAGAAGCUGGCAUUAAAAGUCAAACGGAAGCAUUUUUUAACAGGGUUCAAGAUGAAAAUGCUUCUCGACCAAAUCACCUUCCACCUUCUCAAGGAGGACGGUACUCUGGCUUUGGGAACUGCCCCAACCCACCUCCAAAGAGUGCAUCAACUGAGAUACUGGACACUGCGCUCAGCUCUCUGUCUACUGGCUGGUCAUUGCUGUCACUGGGUGCUACUAAAAUUGCUGGAAAAGCUGUGGAAUACAGUAGUAUAGCUACAGAGAAAGCUACAGAGUAUAGCCACACCAUCACAGAUAAGGUCCGUGAGGGCAAGCUGUUGGAGGAGCUAUCAUCUCAGGCCACUAACAUUGGCUCUAAGUAACCAAGCCACCCUAGAUGGUCAGCUGGACAUGCAGGAUGGUUCAUACCACAACAAAAAUGGUCAUCCUGCAUUGUGGAAUGAGAAUAAACCAAGAAAUAUAUGUCAAGAAUUGGAAUCUUCUGAUGGCUGGGGAGAUGACAACUGGACAAAUGACUGGGGCAGCAGUAACAACAGCAAGGCAUCCUCACCUUCACAAAAUGCAAAUGGGUCUCCUGAUCCCUCCCCAAAUGCCCGUGUCUCAAAAAAAAAUGCCAACAAUAUCAGUAAGAAGAGUAAAGGCACAAUCAAAAAGGAUGGAAAGGCAGAGCAGGAGCUACUCGUUGAUCUUGGAAACAACGGCACCAAAGGCCACACUUGGGACAAUUGGGAUGAUGAUGACUGGGAGAAAGUGGAAGGACAGUGAUAUGAACUUCAUUGUGACUUGAUGCAGAACAAAUAACUAGUUUAAAAAAAAUUGACUGGAGCUUGGCAUAUGUUAGCUGGCUUUGAUUUAUAUUUUUUCAGGUAAUGGCAACAUAAACUUUAGAAAUUGUUUUAAAUUAGUUCAGAUAUUUGAUGUAAUGUGGCUUGAACAUAUAUACAAGCAAAAUUAAAAGUGAUGAUAAAUACUGUAUGGUCCCAAAAAAUAACUAUAAAACCCAUUUAUUAAAACUAAAGGGACAAUUAAUGUGAUAGAAAUACACAAUAAAAUGCAGUAUAGUACUGUACAUAGAAAAUAUGAGCUUGGGUACUACUAAGAAUUUGAUGGAAAAGUAGACACAGAUACAAGUGAUGACAGAGCAUUAGCUUCUGCAGUGUUUUAUGUAUAGUAUGUUUGAGGUACAAUCAAACAUGAUGAAAAUUAACUAAAACUCAAAGGAGUGUUUUAAAGACAAUAGUUUGCACUGAUGCCUGUUAGAUUUGUAAAUAUCAUUAAAGCAUUUAAACACUGAAACAACCCCUACUUGUUCAUUCCACAUAAAGUGACUCUUGGUGAUUAAGUAUGUCUUAUCCUAGGGCUUUCUGUAUUAUCCCAAAUAGGUAAUACACUCACCAAUAUUUGAUAAGGGAAUGAAUGUUUUAAAAGAACAUUUUGUGUAUGUGCAAUUUUUUAAAUUAGAGUAUAACGAUUACAUAGUUAUACUGUAUUCUUAAUGUCAAGGAAUUAGAGAAUAAAUUUGCUUUAAUUUUGUACUGUACCACAGUAGACCUACUUAGGAAGUAUUGACAAAACUGCAUAUACAAAGCACCAGAACAUUGAUAAAUAUAGCUAAUAAGGUUUUGAAAUAGUAUAAGAUUUAACGUGUAACUGACUUAUUUAACACACUGUACUUUCAAACCCAUACUAUACAGUAAUAUAUAAGAGAUUUUAAUAUGUCUGCUUAUUAUAUAUUCUAGAACUUAAUUUGUUCAUGUGUGUCUGUUUGGAGAUGGUUUUGUUCAAGAAUGAAUACAAUUUUUUUGUUUUUAAUGUCUUGUUUCAUAAGAUUUUCCUAAUUUAAAGAAAAAUUAGUUGUUAAUCAUGUUUUUGGUAAAGGGAUUUAAUGAAAAUAUAUUGGUAAUGGGAUGUAAUAAAAAAAACAGCAAAUCAACACUUUUUGUUUUGAACAAUACUUCUGAGCAAUACUGUACCUGUAUUGCAGUACAGCCAAAGUUUACUAUAAAAUUCAGAAUUGUGUAAAGGCUGAUAUGCACUGUACUAACAAAGUAAAUAGCAAUUAAAUUUAUUUUUGGUUAAGUUUCUAGUCCUGUGGAACAUAAUACUCCAGAAAAUUUAGUAUGUGCAUGUAUGUCGUUUUAACUAUCUGGUACAGUAUAAUAUGAAUAAAACAGAGUUAUGCAGAUGGCACAAGGACUACAGAUACAUUGUACUAUACAUCAAGUUAGUGCAUCCUUUUCCUGGAUUCAUCAAUGCAAGCCUCUUACUAAGAAUUAUAUUGUCAGUGUGUGUACUCAAUAAAAGUUCUCAGCUUUUAAUAAAUCAGACUUUAUAUGUAAAUGGUUAUUGGUGAUAUUACUAUUUAGUGAUGUAACAUGUAAAUUAAAAAUGUUUGUUU